AUCACCAAAACGCCCUUACAGUUCUCCUUUCACUUCCACGAAAUAAAAAUCCCCGACCGUUCCCGUCCCGCCACAUAACCGCACCACCGCCGAGCCUCGUCGGCUCAUCACCUCACUCUAAUUUAAUCUCACCGGCAGAAAAAUCACAGCUUCCGUGCUACUGUCAUUUGUAGUUCCGAUUGCACCAUGGAGCGGAGAAAGCCACAGACGUGUCUGACAUUUAGAACGAGGAUGACCUCGACGAGUAGCCCGACGAGGUGAUCGAAUCAGCGCCACCUCUCAAAGUCGACGAAGAGAGAGAGCUCGGUAGCUCUGGCCUCAAGAAGAAGCUCCUCAAGCGCGGCCAUGGCUACGAAACCCCGAGCUCGGUGACGAAACCACUGUACACUACGGUGGAACUCUGCUUGAUGGGACGAAGUUCGAGUCGACCAGAGACUGAGACGAGCCUCUCACCAUUAAGCUCGGUGAGGGUGGAGUGGUGAAGGGUUUGGACCAUGGCGUGGUCUCUAUGAAGAAGGGAGAGAUUGUAUUGUUCACAUUGCCUGCUGAGCUGGGCUAUGGUGUUGUUUGUGGGGGUGGCUCUGUUGUGCCGUCCAACGCUGUUGAGCAAAGAUGGUGGGAUUGUGAAGAAGAUUAUCGAGAAAGGAGAGGGGAACGUGCAGCCUGGUGAUUUGGAUGAAGUUCUUGUCAAGUAUCGGGUGGCGUUGUUGCAGAGACACCAGAAGAAGGAAUUUAAUUCUACGUGAAAGAUGGCCAUUUUUGUUCAGCAUUGCCAAAAGCUAUCAAGACAAUGAAAAGGGGAGAGAAGGGCAGAUUAAUUAUUCAACCUCAGUAUGCACUUGGUGUGGAGGGGAGGGAUGCAAACAAUGGGUUUCAUUCUGUUCUGUCCCUCCAAGUUCUGUGCUGAACAUUGAUCUGGAGUUGGCGUCUUUCAAGCUUGUUAUUUAUGUUACUGGUGAUGCCAAGGUAAUAAAGAAGGUCUUGAAAGAAAGGGAAGGUGCGUGGUUUGCUAAUGAAAGUACAAGUGUUGCUGGUAAGUUAAUUGAGGAAGUCUUCUAUCUCUUCUCUAUGGCUAAUUCAAUUCCCCUUUCAGUGCGAAUCACACUGACCAUCACCACUACUCUCCUUGUCAUGCUACUGCAUGCAUAUGCUUCACCAGUUGUACUAGCAGCAGCAGUGUCCAAAGACGAAACAACCUGCACAAUGUGUGAUGAGUGUCACGACCCAUGCGCUGUGCCAUCGUCACCACCGCCACCAUCACCCGUUAUCAAAGAAUGCCCACCACCUCCUGCACCGCCUUCUCCACCACCUCCUUCUCCACCACCGCCAGCUCUCCCUGAAUGCCCACCACCACCACAACCACCCAUACAAGUGCUUCCUCCUCCUUGUGACGUUUGCGGCGGAACCCCCUCCUCCUCUUCUCCUCCUCCUCCAGGGGCAGAUGUGCCCUCAUUAUUGCCGGACCGGCCGCCGUUGCCACCCUAUGUUCCAGGCAACCCAAUGGCCCCACCCCUUUAUCCUACAGAUAUUUUUAGUCCUCCACAACGCCCUUAUCCUUCUAAAUCGGUUCAUUCGAGAAUGCACUCCUCCUGCUCCACUCUUGCUUCCAUAUUUGUCUUGUUCACUUCAAGUUGCUUCUUCUUCUUCUUCUAGGUAAGUAGGUAACAAAUAACCGUCGGCAAGUAGCUAGCUAGCUAGUUCAGUACUGAUACUGCUCUCUCUCUCUCUCCCCUUAGCUAAGCUAUUCUUUUCUUUUGUAAUAAGGCCUUCUUCACUGAAGCGCGAUUAGCUGUAGUGUGUAAUAUUAAUGUGUUUCCCCCUCUUUAAACAUAUUAUAUAAUUCAUUCCUUUCUGAUGUAACUUUUCAUUUCAUGAUGCCCUUCAUCGCGUUAUUAUAUGAAUAAAUCAGUAUUUAACGUUUUA